AUGGCGCAAACAGCACUGGUUCCCAUUGGCGAUGGCGAGCUUAUGGAGCAGCAGAUUCCUGAGCCUGUCGCGGAUCAGAAUUUCAACAGGAGAAAGAUGUUCGAGUUGCAGCAAGAGCUGUCCACGCUGCAGAAACGCUCGUUGAAGCAGCAUGAGGCGGUCAUCCACCUGGAAACUGGCCUAAAGACCAUGAUCUCCGAGGUGGACCUCCGCCGCGCUUUAGGCCUCGCCUUCCAGGAGUUUGAGAACCGCAUCGAGGAUGCCUUUCAAGACUCCAACAGGAAGUGCCUGGGCAUGUUUUCAAAGCGAGAGGACGUGGUCGAGCUGCAGGCAGCGAUAACGAAGAAGGUGAACUGGGCUGAGUACAAUGCUGUCCUGAAGAAGCUGUCUGACCUCAGACAGUAUGUGGACGGCAUGGCAGAGUCGGUCUUCAUUGGCCAGCGUGAAGCCCUGGAAUCAGAGUUCUCGAAAAAGGCCAAUGCAGACUGGGUGGAAAAGUCCCUGGGCGAGAAGGCCGACUUCGCCGACCUCAACGAUGUCCGGGCGCGCCUGGAAAGGCUCGAAGUGCAGGUGUCGCACAAUGACCAGAAGCACACCGCCAAAAUGCAGGCGAUGCGGGAGGAAACGGCGUCUCAGAACAAUGACAUGUUUCAGCGCCAAUCGGUACUCAUGAAAGAGGCCAACAGCACCAUGACCUCCAGCAAGCAGCAAUUUCACGACAUGAAGAACAUGAUAGAGCGCCAUGAAUCCCGGCUCAAGAGCGUGGACUCGUCCGUCGGAGAGCUUAGCAAGGCGCAGCACGAGCUCCAGACUCUCGCGCAGAAAGCACUCCUACCCCGGUUGGAGUCUGCUGAGGGCAGCCUCUUGCGGAUGGAGCAAGCCGACGGCACCAAUCGAGAGCAACUCGUCAAGUUGGAGUCGAAAGCAGAGGAGCUGAGGGGCGCGGUGGAUCAGCGCUUCGACGUGCUGUCGCAGCAGGGCGGUCACUUCAAAGAGCAGCUGGAGUUUCUCAUGCAGGCCACUGACAUGCUGAAACGAAGAUUGCGGGAGGUGACCAAGAAUCAGACAGGCAAGAUGAAAGAGCUGGCAGAUGACCAGGACAAGCAUGUCCAGCAGCUCGCAGCCGUGGAAAGGGUGCUGAAAAAGCAAGAGCGAGAUGUUCGUGCCAUGGAGUUCCGUUCGACAAAGGGAGACACGGCCGACUCCUGGCGCUGUGCGUUGCCGAUGCUCGCAACGCCGGAUGACCUUGACCCCAACAUCCGGCUGAACAGUGUGCUGGACCAGCUGGAGAAGAUCGCCUGCAGGUCAGAGGAAAGCACACACCUGGCGCCUUGGAAUCCCAACCGUCCCCCUCUCCCGGUCAGUGCAGAUACGACCGGUGAGUGGGAGCGGCUCUCGUAUACCAACGCGGGAGGUGCUGCAGACGCGGCUCGAAACGGUCCCAUGGCCGUGACGAGCGGUGUUCGUGGAAUGUAUGGGUUGAGUCCACGCACUCCAGCGAACACGGGCAAGAUGAGCAAGAAGGCAAAGCGCACGUUUUAG